CGGGAGCGCCGCCGGCGGGGCCGGGCCGCCAUGGCUCCGCCCCGGCUCUUUAAGCGGCUGCAGGGUCGCGCCGAGUCGAGACGCAUCAGGUCGAAGACGAGUCCUGUGAGCCACCAUGCCGAACUGGGGAGGUGGCAACAAAUGCGGCGCCUGUGGGCGCACCGUCUACCACGCCGAGGAGGUGCAGUGUGACGGGAGGAGCUUCCACCGCUGCUGCUUCCUCUGCAUGGUUUGCCGGAAAAACCUGGACAGCACAACUGUAGCGAUUCACGAUGCCGAAGUGUACUGCAAGUCCUGCUAUGGAAAAAAGUAUGGCCCAAAAGGCUAUGGAUAUGGGCAAGGUGCAGGCACGCUGAACAUGGACAGGGGAGAGAGACUGGGCAUCAAGCCCGAAAGCACGCCCUCUCCCCACCGACCCACAACAAGUCCAAACACUUCAAAGUUUGCUCAGAAAUUUGGAGGGGCAGAGAAAUGCUCCAGGUGUGGGGAUUCUGUCUAUGCAGCAGAGAAAGUAAUAGGAGCUGGAAAGCCAUGGCACAAAAAUUGCUUCCGGUGUGCCAAGUGUGGAAAAAGCCUUGAAUCUACAACCCUAACUGAGAAAGAGGGAGAAAUCUACUGUAAAGGUUGUUACGCGAAGAACUUUGGCCCCAAGGGAUUUGGGUACGGCCAGGGAGCAGGUGCCCUCGUUCAUGCCCAGUGAUGAGUCAUGGCUGACAAUCCAUCAAGGCUCUCCUGAGAUCCUGACCCAAGAAAGAGGAGGGUUUCCUAAAUGUUGCUAACUACUACGAAACAGAGUAGUUACUGUAGCACUGGGGCAUGCCUUCAGCAGAUCUGUGUAAAGAGAAGUACUGCUUCUUUCCCUUGCUUUGUGUCUCACACCGUGCCACCUCUAAGACUUCAGUACCACUUCAAUAAAGCUUUGCUUGUUCGUAGAUCCUAAA